AUGUUGCCUCCUCUUCGAGGUGGUAAACUUAGAGGAGAACCUAGAGAUGGGGGCAAAGUUCUAUUUGGAUAUCCUGGAUCGUGGGCUCAUUGCAUUAGUGAGACAAUCGAUCAUAAGGAUGUCGCACUUCUUUUCCGGCACCAAUCUUCUUUCAAGAAAAUGGAGUUGUGGCUGAUAGAAGGUGAAUGUGCAAGAGUUAGAGAUUUGGUUGAAAACUCAGGUUUGUACAAUGCCGUUCUGAACUCUGUGAUUGCGUAUGACAAGGUCGCAGUAUCUAGUUUCUGUGAAAGGUAUCACGCUGAAGUCGACACAUUCCAACUUCCUUUUGGUGAGAUGGCGAUAACUCCUGAUGACGCAAAACAGAUAUUAGGGUUGCAGGUCGAAAGAAAAUCAACCGGUGAGAAGUUCAAGAGAAUGCCUAGUUGGGAAGACAUCUAUACAUGGACCAAGAACUUGUUUGGCUGGGAUUCCGAGAAGAUUAAUGGGCUUUUCGAGAAGGGACCUAAGUACCCUAAGAAAGAGUUCAAACUUGUAGAUAUUAGGAACAUGUUUUCUGGGACAGAAAAGAAUAUGGAAUGUCGCUAUGCGGCGGCUGGGUAUUUGUUGUAUGUCCUUGCGUCGGUUAUAUUUCCUGACAGCAGAGGUAACCGGGUGAGCGCCAACCUUCUUCAGAUUUUGGAUCCCUUGGAAGAUGUGAGCAAGUACUCUUGGGGGACUGCCAUAAUUGCACACCUGAAUGGUCAGCUUUCUCAGGGAUCUCGCAAACUAACUUCUCAAAUUAAUGGGAAUUUGGCUCUAAUCAUGGUAUUGGAUUGA